AUGAGGGGCCUUCAUCUGGUUCGUGGCCUGGUUCUGUUCCUAGUGGCCCUGGGCAAGCACAGGAGCGUCCUCUCCAAACAGGACCCGCGAGGCCGGCUGUACCAUCGUCUGUUUGAUGAGUAUGACCAGGACGUGCGGCCUACACUCGCUCCUCCUGACGUGGUGGAGGUGCACUUCAUCGCUAUUCUCUCGCACAUUGUAGAAGUGGACGCAAAGAAGCAAAUACUGACAGCAAACCUAUGGCUCCAUAUGAUGUGGUACGACCCUCGGCUAGAGUGGAAUAAAGCUGACUACGGGAACGUGACGACGUUAGUAGUUCCUGACGAGCGGGUCUGGAAACCGGACGUGGUGCUCUACCAAAACGCCGAUUCAGCGUUUGACGGCUGGGCUAAGAUGCACGUCCUGAUCAACAAUGACGGUACUGUUGUGUGGGAACACCCCGCCAUCGUCAUGUCCGCGUGUGAGAUGGACGUGUCCGCAUUCCCAUUUGACAGUCAAGUCUGCACACUCACGUUCGGGCCCUGGGUCCAGGACGCCACAGAGGUGUUGAUGAUCAGCGACAGCGCAGCGAGCAACCUCAAGCACUUCAGCGCCAACGUCGGCGCCUCCGGCUGGGACGUGCUCUCUCUCAACGCCCGAGACCAGAAGGUGUCUUACGACGGAGUCUACUGGGGCACAACUCCCAAGAACUUCUCCGAGACUGACAUCACCAUCCACCUGCGAAGGAAGCCGACCUUCUAUGUCUUCAACCUUCUGCUCCCGUGCGUGCUGCUGGCCGUGAUGAUGGCCGCCACCUUCCUCCUCCCCAUAGAUAACGGAGAGAAGGUCUCCUUUGGAGUGUCCAUCUUACUAGCGCUGGUCGUCUUUCAACUGCUAAUGGUGCAGCUCCUUCCCGAGUCAGAGAGCUUACCGUGGAUAGGUAAAUUCGUCAUCAUAGCCAUGGUACUGAUGGCCGCUUCACUGGCAAUCUCCACCAUCGUCAUCAACGUCUGCAGCCGCGCCACGGGCCCGGGCAAGAGGCCGCUGGGCCCGUGGACACGGCGGGUCUUCCUCCGCUACACGGCAAAGAUCCUCCUCAUGGGCGACCUCUCCCAGGAGGACCAGCCCUACAGCCUCAUAGACGGUCGCAACAACGUCUGCGAGCAGGUUCCGAUGGCGUCCAAGACCGUCCAAAGCUUCGUCCUUCUGCCAGGAAGUUCCGAUGAUGUGGACAAGAAAGACGACAACGCGGCGUCUGCGGAGAUGCUGGACAUCAUGAGAGGGAUCAAGAAGGGACUGGACUCGCUGCUCAUCUACUACGAGGAGAAGGAGAAAGUCGAGGGCAUCGAGAGUGAGUGGAAGCUGCUUGCCAAGGUGUUGGAUCGGAUCUGCUUGCUCCUGUACCUUGUAGGAGCUUCUACGUGCUUGCUGGCGUUUUAUUUCAGCUCGACGGUCAUCACACCAGAAGAUACCUAAAGUAAAAAUAACUCUCCAGCAAGUCUUGCCAUCGCUGCCGCAUCCUGGCGCGAAAACAGAUACAGGUACUGCUGAACACGAGACCACGGCAUCGAUGUGUUUAUCAACAUCAUCAUGAUGCAAAGAAUGUCAGAAUAUGCCAGUCGUGCUGAGUUGUAGUGCCAUAUCGCAUGGAGCUGUUUUGUACUGCGGAAAUGUGCUUGUCAGUGUGACCGUUUUUGUCCCUGAAAUAUUGUUUCGUGGCUAGUUAAGUUACAA